UCGCUGCCACUCACUUAGUCACGUCAGAUUGAGGCAUACCUAUAAAUGCCCGACCUCGGCAAGUGGCACGUCACUUAUGAGUUGUCCUGCAGUAGCGGGAAGUCGGGGGAAAUGGACAUAGAGAGGGAUUUACGCAGUGGUUAUACUUACACUACAAGGAUUCCCAUCUUCCAAGCCUGAGUAUGCGCACAUGCAGGGGCCUUCUUGAAGCUGUGACUCGGCGGAAGUUAUGGGAUACACGGAGUUUACAUGAUACAAAAUACAAGCGAUGUCUAAACGUCGUCGACUUGAUUGGAAUUGGUACUGGGAGUAGCGCCGGCCUCGGGGUGUACGUGCUGUCAGCAUAUAUUGCACGUGCAGAGGCGGGCCCUUCAGCUGUCCUGUCGGUACUGUUGGGUGGAGUGUCCGCACUUCUGUCAGGUGUGUGCCAUGCAGAGCUGGCGGCGCGCUUCCCCCGGGCAGGGUCCUCCUACGUCUACAGCUACUCCACAUUCGGCGAGCUGUGUGCCUUCAUCACAGGAUGGAACCUCCUCCUGGAACACGUCCUGGGGGCAGCAGUGGCAGCAAAAGCCUGGAGCGGAUACGUCGACUACAUGCUCAACGACACCGUCAACAGGUAUAUGUCCGAGACAGUUCAGUGGGGUAACUGGUGGAUACUGGACACAUACCCUGAUGUGCUAGCGUUGUCCAUAUCACUGCUAGCCACCCUGUUCCUUGUACCGAGUGUAAGGAUAUAUUCGGUUAUCAAUUUCAUCUUGACAUGUCUCGCCGGCCUGUUCGUGCUGUCCUUCAUCUGCGUGGGGUUUUUCCACGUGGAGACUCACAACUGGACCAAAUCGCCUGGCUUCUUCCCACACGGAGUCAGAGGGAUGACAUCUGGAGCAGCGGUCCUCAUUUAUGCCUUCACCGGAGUGGACAACGUGGCGACCUCAGGUGAGGAGACAAAAAACGCCUGCCGCACCAUUCCUACUGCCAUUGUCGCCAGCAUUAUGAUCACCUUCGUUGUCUACUUCGGUGCCACGACAUCGCUCACGUUGGCCUUCCCAUGGGUAGACCUGUCCGACAAAGCUGCUUUAGCCAAGGCGUAUGAAGGAAGACAUAUAUUCGCUGCUAAGUAUGUGAUCGGCGUUGGAGCUGUGUUUGGACUUUCAGCCGCCAUUUUGGGAUCACUCUACCCGCUUUCGAGGAUACUUCACGCCAUGUGUGAGGACGGACUUUUACCACGUGGUCUGUCACGUGUCAAUUCCUCGACACAAACACCAGUUGUUGGGAUUCUUAUUUUGGGAUUAUUUUCUGCGGGAAUUGCCCUUAUCGUAGCUUUUGAUCCAGCAAUCGAAAUGUUGUCAAUUGCUUCUUUAACUGGAUAUUUCCUCAGUGCUUUAAACGUAUUAUGCCUUCGUUACCACCCGGAUGUUGUCGGAGUGUAUCGGGAAUAUACGGAUCCCGAGGAUUCUGUUGACUACACAAAACAAGCGCGAAUGUGCGAGACUUGCACCCACCCUAGCACGCCCAGGCUGGAGGUGAUGAUGAAUGGAGAUCUGACGCUGCAUUACACCACUGAAAACAGGUUCUCAAACUCGUCUGACAAACCGGAUUCUUGCCAGCUGAACGGCCAGUGUAAAUGUGCACGCAAUACGCCCUAUUCUCAAACUGGUUACAAAUUCGAUUCCUCUGAGAGGAGUUACCUUAAACCAGAAACUAAUAGAUCCAGCCUCUCCCUCUCCAGUCUCAGUAGCCUCAUCCGUCUACCAAGUUACACCUGUUUAGACCCGGACGAGUCCACAUGGAGGUCGACAAGGCACUCUAUUCUGACCUACCUAAUUUCGAGUGUCUUCAUGUGUGUGUCUGUUAUUGCCGUUGCUCUUGAAUCGACGGCCAGAUCCUGGUGGGCAAUAACCCUAGCUUGUAUCUCGGCAGUGUUCAUGGUGACCUCUAGUCUUUUUAUUGCCAAGCAGCCACAGAAUAAGACAAAGCUAUAUUUCCAGACACCCUAUGUUCCAUUUGUUCCCCUGCUGUCAAUGCUUCUCAGUAUGAUUCUACUAUCAGCCCUGUCGUCACUUGCAUGGACGAGGUUCGCUUUAUGGAUGCUUCUGGGUCUGAUGUUCUAUUGUAUAUAUGGAGUAAGGAACAGCGCUGUACGACACGAAGACGAUCAGGAAGUUGUGCUUUAUGACGUCACUAACCCCACGUUUAACAUGAACUCAAUACCAAGAUCACAUGUCAGGUGACGUGACCGGAAGUGACCUGUCACCUAUACACUAUGCAUGGACAAUGUUAUCUAUUCCAACCACUCCUUCCGAACAUCAAUACAGAUCUUUCAAUAAACGCGUGAAGUCAGCCAAGUUAUGAAUAUAUUACCGGAACAAUAAAACGCUUUUGUAUGAAA